AUGGCUAAGCCACAAAGCUUCUACCUUGUGUGCCUUGCAUUUUCUUUAGUUUUCAAUCUGUUGUUGAUCUUCAAACUAUAUGUGGGUAGAGAGUGGGAACUGAGUUGGAGCAGAAGGGCAGCAGAAGAAGCUGAGUAUGUGGCAGCCAUCUCUUGCUCAGGGCAUGGAAAAGCCUACUUGGAUGGGUUAACUCUCGAUGGCAAGGAGCCUGUUUGUGAAUGCAGUUCUUGCUAUGGAGGCCCUCACUGCUCUGAGUUUUUGCCUGGUUGUGCAGCAGAUGCUGGCAGUGGAGACCCACUUUUCUUGGAGCCAUUUUGGAUGCAACAUGCAUCAAAAAGUGCACUUGUAGUAGCAGGUUGGCAUCGAAUGAGCUAUACCUCUGCUGAUCAAUCUUACAUCUCAGCAGAGCUUGAAAGGCACAUUCGCAAACUUCAUGCCAUCGUUGGAAAUGCCGUGACUGGAGGAAGAUACAUUGUUUUUGGGUGCUGGCUCAACCCAACUUCUCAAUGCUGCAGUUCAUGCACUGUCUUCCCAUAA